AUGGCAUUAGCAAAAGGAAUAAAUCGAUUACCAGAGAAUGAAAAUUUUAUUUUAUUUGCAGCUUGUGAACAAGGUGAUUUACAAACAUUACAAGAUUAUUUAAAUCCAUUAACAACAAUAGAUAUUGAAUCAAUACGUGAUGAACAACAUGCAACACUUGUUCAUUAUGCUGCACGAUAUGGACAUAUACAUAUUUUAGAAUAUUUAAUUGAAAAAAAACAUUUGGAUAUUAGUCAAUUACGUACAGAACUUGCUGCAACAUGUGCACAUGAUGCUGCUGUUUGUGAUCAAGUUCAAACACUUCAUUAUAUAUUUCAUUAUGAUCAAUUAAAUGAUAAAAAUAAUAAUAAUAGACAAAGUUUAUCUCAAAAACUUCGUUGGAAUGUUAAAGAUGAACAAGGAAAUACACCAUUACACCUUGCCGCUGCUUAUGGUUCAAUAAGAACACUUCAUUAUUUACUUGAACAUGAAUCAGCUGAUCCUCGUAUACGAUCCUAUAAUGGUUUUCAACCAAUUCAUUAUGCAGCUUUAUCUGGUCAUAAAGAUUGUCUGAAAUUAUUAUUAACUACUGCACCAGAUACAGUUAAUGAACAAACAAGUACUUUAUUAACACCACUUUAUCUUGCUUGUCAAUAUGGUUCAAUAGAUCUAGUUAAAAUUUUAUCAUCACAUGGAGCUAAUUUUAAAUUACGAGAUGAAAAUGGUUUAAAUUGUUUACAUGCUGCUUGUCAAAGUGCACAUCUUCAUAUAGUGCAAUGGCUGGUAGAGAAAUUAAAUGCUAAUGUUGAUGAUAUUGAUUAUAUGAAUAAUACUCCUCUUCAUUAUGCAGCUGCAAAUAAUAGUGAAGAUAUUUUAAUUUACUUAUUAGAAAAAGGUGCUCGUAUUACUAAAUCAAGCCAUGGAAAUACUCCAUUACAUGUGGCAGCGGAAAAUGGUCAUCAAAGUAUAUGUGCUAUACUAGUAGAACGUGGUGGUUGCUCUGUAAUAACAUGCAAUAACUCUCAAUUAACACCAAUUGAUUUAGCAAAUCAUUACGGUUUUUCGUCACUUGCUAAUUCACUUCGUCUUCAUGAAAAAUCUUCAUUACCUUCACAAAAUGCUUCCGCAAAUAGUAAAAAAAUUCAAUUAGAAAACGCAACUAUUGUACGAUUAGUUGUUAAAAAACCUCAUGUUACUCGUAAUGAUGCAUCGAAUCAAGCUAAUGAAAAUGAGAUAGUAAAAGAUCUUUCUACUAAUAGUGAUUUUACAUUACCAAAAAAAAUAAUAAAUCCACGUUUUGAUAUUUCUGAACUUCGUGCUCGUGUCGAUGAAUAUGAAGCAGUUAGACGUGGUCCAACAACAACUACUGAUGGUAAUACUAAUGUUCUUAUGCAUAGUAUGGGUUCUAUUAAUCUACAAAAUCAAAAUCGACGUCGAUCAAAAUUACCAUCACAAACUUAUGCACCAUGGCUUAAAAUGGCACUUAUAUUUUACAAUAAAUCACAUGCUAUUAUGGAAGAUAUUCUUCCAUCAAAUCAUUCUGAUUUAGCACAAUCUUAUGGACAUAUUGGUUUACUUCUUAAUAAACUAGGUGAUUAUCCAAAAGCAUUAUUAUAUCAUGAAAAAGCAUUUGAACUUCGUCGUAAAAUUCUUCCUGAAAAUCAUCCAUUCUUAGCUAAUUCACAUAAUAAUAUUGGUUCAGUUUAUAAUAGUAUGGGCAAAUAUUCAAAAGCACUGAAAGAAUACAAAGAAGCUUUGAAAAUUAAUUUAACAACAUUUCCAUUAAAUCAUCCACAUAUAGGUACGUCCUAUCAUAAUCUAGCUACAGUCUACAUGAAUUUAGGAGAACGUCCCAAGGCACUUUCAUUAUAUCGAAAGGCACUUUCAAUUUAUACAAAAACAUUAUCUUCGAAUCAUUUAGUUCUAGGUACAAUUCAUAGCAGUAUUGGUUUACUAUAUUAUUACAUGGGAAAUUAUUCUGAAGCACUUUCAUAUUAUGAGAAAGCAAUUCAACUUUAUCAAAAUGCUCUAUUAUUAAAUCAUCCAUAUUUAACUACUUUAUAUAAUAAUAUUGGUCUGACAUAUUUAGCAAUGGGUUCUUAUUCCAAAGCACUUUUAUCUCAUCAAAAAGCACUUGAAAUCAAACAAAAAAUAUUUUCUUCUAAUUAUUCAACAAUCGCUAUUUCAUAUAAAAAUAUUGGUAAUGUAUAUUUUGAAAUGAAAGAAUAUUCCAAAGCUCUUUCAUCUUAUGAAAAUGCAUUAAAAAUUCGUAAAAAAAAUAUUCCUUUUGAUAAUAAUAUUCUAAUUAAUUAUUACAAUAGUAUUGGUUUAACCUAUUUACAUAUGAAUGAACAUACGAAAGCUUUAUCAUGUUACGAAAAAGCUAUUUCUAUUUGUUAUAAAACUCAUUCACCAGAUUAUUCCGAAAUGGCUAAAUCCUAUUAUAAUAUUGGUUGUGUUCAUUUAAAAGAAAAGAAAUAUUCAAAAGCAUUUCCAUAUUUUUAUCGUGCUCGUGAUAUAGCACAAGCUACAUUUCCUGCAGAUCAUCCAUCUGUUCGUCAAUAUCAAAAAAAACUUGUUAAUUUUCAAUAUGAAAAUGCUUCGUCAUAUAUAUUUAUUUAA